AUGAAACUUGAGGGUGAGGCACUUACCAAGUUCGUUCGAGAGGAACAAGCGCGGGAACGCGAUGAGCGUGAACGUGAACGCGAGGAUCGUCAACGUCAACGUGAACGCGAGGAGAAACUUGCGGAGGCUGAUCGAUUGCAUGAGCUCGACCUUAUCAAGGAAAAACGCGAAAGUCAGGAACGUGACAUGAAAUUACAGCUUAAGAUGGAGAUGGAGAAGGAACGAGAUGAGCGUGCGGUUCGUGAACAUAGCCGGAAACUUGAACUGUUAGAGGUAGAGCAAAAGCCUAACAUGUCCAAAUUUGACCGUGGUAUGAAAUCAUCAACGCGCGGACCGAAACUUCCACCUUUCGAGCAGGAUAAGGACAAUAUUGACUCUUACAUUAGGCGUUUUGAGCAGUAUGCGUCUGCCCAAAAGUGGGAAAGGAGUAGUUGGGGGACCAACUUAGGCGCGUUGCUUAAGGGGCGAGCACUCGACGUGUAUACAAGGUUACCUGUGGAACAGGCGUUCGAUUUUGACACACUCAAGAAAGCAUUGUUAAAACGCUUUGAGCUGACCGAGGAAGGUUAUAGGAAUAAAUUAUAUCUGUGUAGGCCGGAAUCGGGAGAAACGUGUUCACAGUACGGCGUGCGUCUCGAAAGUUACAUGGAACGAUGGCGAGAAAUGGCGAAUACAGCAAAGACAUAUGAGGCACUCAAAGACCUGAUUGUGCGAAACUAG